ACUAUGGGACUGAACAUCACUAGUUUGUCCAUAAGAGGGAGUCAAGUUUCUUAUAUGCAACGUUUUCGCCCACUUCCAUAACAGAGCUCCACACCACACCGAGUGGAGAGGGGGGACAUAUUGCUUGGCAAUAACUAUUUUCUCUCAUAGUUGCCGUGUAGAGUUAUCAUCUGUGGUCGGAUAGUCGGUCGGUCAGUGCGUCCCUUCAGCCCUCACCCGCAACUUCCCGGCCGCUUGCUUCAGCUGAAGAACAGAGCAAUUCAUGAUUUACAGGAAGCGCUUUAUUUUCUCAUACCUGGAUUAAUUCGAAGACGACAGUCUUUUUCUGUUGUUUUUUUCCCCACUGAGAGAUUUUUCUCUGUUAGAAACUAUGUUGUGGAAACUAGCUGACAACGUGAAGUAUGAGGAUGACUGCGAGGAAAGGCACGACGGCAACAGCAAUGGGAACCCCCGGCUGCCUCACCUGCCAGCGGUCAGUCAGCAUCUCUACAGCCCGUCUCCGUCUCUCUCACACUCGGCCAGCUCGGACUUCCAGCCCCCUUACUUCCCACCUCCAUACCAGCCCAUCUCCUACCCGCAGACCAGUGACCCCUAUUCUCACCUCAGCGACCCUUUUAACAUCAACUCCAUACACCAGUCGCCGUCGUCGAACCAGCAGCAGUCGUGGCCCGGCCGGCAGGGCCAGGAGGGUCUCGGGGCCCAUGGGAGGAGCGGACUGGCGAGUCAGAUUCUGGGCCUGGAGGGAGGCUCGUCCGGGGUGAGGAGGGAAGGGUUCCGCCGGCCGGAGCUGCUGCCCCCCCACGUUCACAGCAUAGAGUCGUCGGUCAUUGGCGAUAAUAUGGGAAUGCAUGAAAUGAGCCACGGAUUGGAAGAUGUUCAACAUGUAGAUGACCACAGUAUUAUUAUGGCAGAUCAGACAGUCAUCAAAAAGGUAUUAGGACUGCGAGGUGGCAGGAACCUUGAUCGCUUACAGAGGACUUAUUAUCAGGGGGGCAUUCUUGCUGGCCCCGUCACUCUACCCAAAGGCAACGCGCUGGGUCUUCCUUUCCAGAAAGAGUCUCUGCUGGGCAUGGUAUCCAACCCCACAGAGGUCUUCUGCUCCGUACCCGGACGCCUUUCCUUGCUGAGCUCCACCUCCAAGUACAAAGUCACUGUGGCCGAGGUCCAGAGACGUCUCUCACCCCCAGAGUGCCUCAACGCAUCACUCCUGGGAGGAGUCCUGCGCAGAGCCAAGUCUAAGAAUGGCGGACGGUCUCUGAGAGAAAAGCUGGAUAAGAUUGGGCUCAACCUGCCUGCUGGAAGGAGGAAGGCAGCCAACGUCACUCUACUUACCGCCCUAGUAGAAGGUGAAGCCGUUCAUUUAGCAAGAGACUUUGGUUACGUGUGUGAGACAGAGUUCCCUGCAAAGGCAAUUGCUGAGUACCUGGGACGGCCGCAUGUGGAACGCAAUGAAGUCAAUUCUCGCAAGAACAUGCUCCUUGCUGCCAAACAAAUCUGUAAGGAGUUCACCGACCUGCUCACUCAGGACCGCUCACCUCUGGGGAACUCACGGCCGGCACCCAUCCUGGAGCCUGGCAUCCAAGGUUGCCUGACCCACUUCAGCCUCAUCACCCAUGGAUUCGGCUCUCCAGCCAUCUGCGCUGCCAUGACCUCACUUCAGAACUACCUGAACGAGGCGCUUAAACAAGUGGACAAGAUGUAUCUGAGCUCUGGCAGUGACACCCAGGGAUCCUCAGACAGUGGAAGCAAAUCUACCGAUAAAAUGGAGAAGCAUAGGAAAUGAGAACUGAGAGGACAAUCCUUUAUGAACUUGAGAACCCCCUUGACCCUUCAUCUCUGCCCUGUCCGCCCUUUUUUGGACUUUUUUGACAUCUCUAUUUAGUAUUGUCAUUUUGAUCAAUGAGAACUGAUUUUUUUGUGUGUGUUUGUGUGUUCUCACACUGUUGAAUUUACAUCAUAUUCUUUAGAAGUUGAGGAUUUCUAAGAACUUUCACUGCUUUGUUCCACGACCACUGGCUGUGUUAUAUAAGAAAUCAGUCUGUCUUGGCAUCUCCGGUGAAUGCCUAUUGACUGGUCUUAGUGGGAGCCCAGCCUACCGGGGCAUGUAACACAUCACAGCAUGCUGAACACUACAUACCAGUGGCCAAUGUGCCAGUGCUCCAGCCAUGGGACCUGCACUCUGUUGACAGGAGGAGGGGAUGAGAACAGAGUGCAGACUUUUUUUCCCCUUCUUCCUAGAGGACAUCAUUUCAAGAUGAGUUGCUGUGGCUGUGAAUUCCUCUCAGCCCCCACCCCCCCCCUACUCUGUCUGGAGGCAAAUCCAUUGAUUUCCUGUGUCUCUUCCGCGGUGCUCAGAUCCCAAUGGACUUCCAAAGGACACAUUUUACAUGAGAAAGAGAAAAUCCACUUCAUUUUCUUUCUUUUUUUUGUGCUUGAGUUUUACAUCCACUUCAAAAUGGGCCUAGUGUUAUUGUGCUUUGUUCAUAGGAAUCGGUUCAAAUCUUAUGUAGGCCUGAACGAGAAAAGAUUAUUGGUUCGUCAGUCUGUGUUCAGUCAGAAACCAGAGACUUUAAAGACAGUUUACAAUAGAAGCCUUUUCAGUAUUCAUGUGGAUUACAGGCGUAGUAAUGCUUCCAUUAUUACUUUGAAACCUGUCUUAGAGUGCUGGCAGACUGUAGCACAUCGCUUUUGUGAACAUGUUAGGUGUUACUCACCCUUAGUACUAAAGAACCCCAUGUUGAUGUCACCCUACCAACCAACUCAGUCCCGUGAGAGUGUAUGUUGUGAGCGUGUGUAUGAAAAUGUACAUAUUUCUUUCUU